CGCAUAAUAAUAUUGAACACGACUUAGGCAUCAAAGAAACAGUGAUAUAGUCACUCUUGACCGACGACACACAGAGCAAAACGUUCAAAACUAUGAUCAUAGGCCUUAACUUUUAAUUGAGCACGAAAUUACGUAGGCAUGGAUGACAGUGAUUUGAGUCAUGACGAUGGACGGUUUUUUAUCCAGCAAGCACUCCCAGGAGAACCCUCAGACGAGGAAGACGAAGAUUUCGAUGACCUACUAGAAGGAGUGGAGAUGGCAGAGGGUGGAGAAGCACCAUCGCUUAUGACAAGGAUGGAGGGAGAUGGAAAUUGAAGUGAUUAUUUACGUCGUGAACCCGCUUUAGUUACUAGUCAGAAAAGAAGUGAAAGCCUCUACUCUCUCCCCCGUUGUCCCACCUUCAUUUACCAAGACGCCGAUCUAGUCGAGUCCUUGUCGGAGCUGCAGGGUUUGGUAGAGGCAGACGAACAGGAUGAUGUCUACCCCUGGUUCCACUUGAUACAAUGGGCCGCGGAAAACUCCGCUCCAGGCACUGUCUUUCGAUGGGAUCUCGAAAGGAGUUACUAUUAUGGCUUAGUGGUUUCGGCGUUGGGCUGUUCACUUAUCAGCUUUAUUGUUGGGUGAGGGUGAGUACUGGUACUCAAAUUCGUUGGUUGAGCGACAACUUGGCUUCAGUCGAACAAGAUGAGGGGUCAACUACAAGAAUAUACAACUACCUAGAAUCUCCUGCAUGUUCUUGAUCUUGGCUUUUCUAAUCCCCCAUAGUCCGAAGUUGCGUGAAAGACGUCAGCGCUUUUCGAGAAGCACUCCAAGAGCUAAAGUUUCUCAAACAGACGAGCGGCUUCGACUACUCUCUCCGUAAUUUCUCCCUUGAUGAACAGGAACUCGUUUUUCUUGAUUGGGCGGAAGCUUUACUCGGUCAGAUCGCUGCACUACAACGGGUUCGAUUCGCUUUGGUGCCGCUACGCUUGACUGAGGAGGGUUUCUGGCACAGAUUUUUCUGUUUAAGGCUAUAAAACCCAUAAAUUAUAUAAUCAUCUGAUGAAAAAGAAAAACAAGCAUCAUUGACUUUCUUGAACUUUGGAGGUUGUUGUUCCUAAAAUAAAAGGGAAAGAUGAGAAAGACGCGCCAAAGAUGGUUUAUUUCAAGCUAUAAGUAGUUUAAUGUCGGUCUAAUGUGCGUCGUGCGUGCUAGACUGGCGACGCAAUUGUUUCUGUCGACGCCUGCUGUGGAUGAAAGUGCUGACUCCUGUGAGGUAGACGAUGACGUCUGCUUCGACCAUGAUUCGCCAUUAAAUUACCGAGACGAGGAGCCAGAAGUGAGUAGUCCACCUGGUGCACCAGGACGAUUGUCUACAACUAGGUCUACAACUAGUGGUAAGCAAGAAGAGGUAGAUCAUGGAGAAGGAGGACGAGGAGGUGAAGUACAAGAACAAAAUGUGCAAGAAAAGCAUGCUCAUGAUCAAGUAGGUGCGGAAGACGAGCCUUGUUCAUCUGCAACAACAACUGCACCAGCCAGUAGUACUGCAACGACCUCGGCACCAAGCAGCACCAGUUUGGAUUACAGCGUGCCGUCAGCAGAGCCUGCGACUAGUACUGCUAUAGUGAGUGAACCUACUUCAUCUACUGCGUCUGCGACCACCGCAUCUACAGGAACAGCAUCAAAUGAUGCUGAAGAUCACCACCUGGUGCCUGCAGCUAGUACUAUACCGACACCUUCCCCGGACCCGCGGCCUUGUUCUGUUUCCUCUACAGCAUUUGCGUCUGCUGCUUCGGUUUCUUCGGACACAGAAGCUGGUCUCAUAGGCACAAACACAAGUAACACUACUACAACGAACAAGAACGCAAAUAAUGUUGAAGACCUCCUGGUUACUAGUUCAGCUAUUAGCUCAGCUUCUAAACGACCUGAAGAGGCGGGAGAAGUUCAAUCUCAGCCACGCACUUCUAAACAAGGGAGUCCACUUCUUGUCAAGCACGGGGACACUCUCACAGCGGAACAGCCUGCAGUACACGUUGACAAGCUACAUAACGCCACCUCUGUCAUAUCAAACGACACGCAGCAACUACAACGUCCAAACAUGGAAGUAGCAGACGAAGGGGGAACAUCAAUUAUAAAGCCUUCAGAAAUUAUACUAGUAGACAAAGGGGGAACAUCAAGAAAGCCCUCGUAUAGCCCCUCGUCUAGACGUGUUGUAUCCUCAUCAGGUGGCACUACAGAUAAGGCUGGAGGCAAAGGUAAGGGAAUUGGUCUACCUUUAUUGCCUGGCUUUAGUGUCGUAGAGGGUCCUUCCAUGUCGCCUGUGCAACCGUGGAUAAUAUGACAUGAUAAGCGAACAAGUUGCAUCGUACAACUUCGGGCCAUGUUACAUGCUAGUACUGG